AUGGCACGAACAAGCAGCAAGAAGGCGCUGAGCAAGGAUACGAGCAAGAAGCAGAAGAAGAUGGGCAAGUCCAGCAGCGGCCAUCAGCUGUGCAAGAGGUGCAGCAGGCGCUUCGGUUCGAAGGCGUGCGCCAAGCGACUGUGCGGUUCGUGCUGUCCUCUGGGAGGUGGUGCCGGGCAUGGUGAGCAGUGCGUAGCGCACCUCUCCCUGCGCCGAGCUGCCAAGCGAAAGCAGGGCGCCUUCUUGCUGGUCUCCUCGGUCAAUCGCCUCAAGCGCGAAGAAGAGAGAUCUGGCCUGGGCACCAGGAAGAAGAGCAAGAAGCCCAAGCUGAUGAGCAGCAAGGCCAGCAAGCACCUCGCCAAGCGCUUGAAGACGCUCUCCACCGCCGAGGAGUGCGACGACCACGGCGUCGAUGGCGAUGAAGUUGAAGUAGUGUCGCAGGAAUCCCCUGACCGAGACGACGGCGCGUGGUGCGACGUCGGCGGAGCGGCCACGCUCGAGGCCGUGGUGGCGGUGCAGGCCGAGGAGAUCGCCAGGCUGCGGCGGGAGCUCAAGCACACGCGGCACGCGCACGAGCGGCUCAAGCGGAAGCGCGUCAAGGUCGAGCAGGGCCUGUGCAUCAUCUGCGAGGAGCGCGGCCUCAACGUGCUCCUGGUGCCCUGCGGCCACUGCUACUGCCGCGAGUGCGUCGAUGCGCUGCCGUCGUGCCCUGUGUGCCGCUCCAGCAUCCGCAAGCGCCACAACUUCCACCCGCCGGCCUACGUCUGCGACGACGCCGUGUUGGCCAUGGUACCGCCCAGCCUGCCCACGGCGCCCAAGCCGACGUCGCCUGGCGCCGCGGCGCUGGCGGAUGAGGCGGAUGAGUUCGUGCUCAGGCGCCGCAGCGCCGCCAACCCGCAUCGCAUUCUCUUCGUGUGA